AAUAUACGAUACGUUGUUGAUUAUAGAGUGUUAUACAGUGGAAUUUGAAUUUGAUUCCAUAAACAAUGCAUUACAUACGUUUGUGAAUAACGUCGUUAUCCGAGGACUUGUUUCAAUUCGGUGUCAAAUUAUAUGCUUUGGGAGAAAAUUUAUAUAACAGUACCAGUUCAAAAUAAACUACCAUCAAUACUUGAGCUUACAAAAUUUUUUCUAAUAUCGUUCUAAACAAAUUAAUAUGGAGUAAUAUGAAAAAACACGUGUUCAAUUUUUUUUUAUCAUGCAACCCAAAACUAAUUAUUUGGUUUCUUCAAGGGGGCUGAAAUUAAGUCAUUUUGACAAACAAGUUUAUGCAAUCUUGAACCAUCCUCGAACUGUGUGGUUCACUAAUCCUAAGUGCUAUUCACUGUUUCUGUGUGCAAUGUCGCUGGUUCAGGUUUGUCGAUCCUUAUCAGAUAUGGUAGUAAGAACCUAUGUACUGUUGCUGACAUUCAUUUUCCUUUUUGUGGAAAUCAAAUCUGGUGAUCAUGGAAUCAAUAGAUCAUUUUCGAUUGACUAUGAAAAAAACACAUUCUUAAUGGAUGGAAAACCAUUCCGAUUCGUUUCCGGCUCCUUCCACUAUUUCCGUGCAUUACCUGGAUCAUGGAGGCAUAUAUUGCGAUCCAUGCGUGCUGCAGGAUUGAAUGCGGUCAUGACUUAUAUCGAAUGGUCCACCCAUGAACCAACAGAAGGCGAAUACAAAUGGGAUGGCAUAGCUAAUCUUGAACAGUUCAUCCGUAUAGCAGAAGAGGAAGAUUUAUAUGUGAUAUUGCGGCCAGGGCCAUAUAUUUGUGCGGAACGUGACAUGGGAGGAUUUCCCUACUGGCUUCUCACAAAAUAUCCAAAUAUCAAACUGCGCGAGUACGACAGCGAUUACUUAAGAGCGAUUGAUAAAUGGUACAGUAUGUUGAUGCCUCGCAUUCAAAGACAUUUAUACGGUUCAGGGGGACCUGUAAUAAUGAUUUCAAUCGAAAACGAGUAUGGGUCAUAUUCAGCGUGUGACAGGAACUAUUUACUUUUCUUGAAAAAUAUAACAGAAAGAUACGUUCAGAACAAUGCAGUUCUUUUCACGAAUGACGGUCCCGAUCAACUGCGUUGUGGUAGAAUUCCUGGCGUACUUGCUACAUUGGAUUUUGGAGCAACUAACAAUCCUGAAAAUUAUUGGAAGAAAUUACGGAUGUAUCAACCCAAAGGGCCACUGGUAAACGCUGAAUUCUAUCCAGGUUGGCUUACACACUGGAUGGAACCAAUGGCCCGAGUACGUGCCGGCCCAGUAAUAGAUACAUUACGCAUGAUGCUGAGGCAACAAGCCAAUGUCAAUUUCUACAUGUUUUUUGGAGGAACCAAUUUUGCAUUCACAUCCGGGGCUAACGAUGGAGGUCCUGGGAGAUUCAAUACUGAUAUUACUUCAUACGAUUACGACGCACCAUUGGAUGAAGCCGGUGAUCCAACUCCUAAAUAUUUUGCACUUAGAGAUGUUAUCUUAGAGUUCCUACCGGAUCCUGGUGUACCCGUACAAAUGAAACUGCCUAAGAUGAAAUUACAACCAGUUAAAAUAAAACCAUGUGGAACACUUCUAUCCGAACAAGGUCGGCAGAUUCUGGCUAGAUCAGUUUUAUCUAGCGAACGUACAUUAAGUUUUGAAGAACUUAAUCAACACUCUGGAUUCGUUUUGUAUGAGGCUAAUAUACCAAAAGAACUUCAUCGUGAUCCGUUGACGCUGAAAGUUACAAAUCUUCGUGAUCGGGCGUAUGUUCACGUGGACAAUAAUUUUAUUGGCGUAUUAUCCCGGGAAAACGCGAUUUACUCAAUUCCAAUCAGUUUGGGUAUGGGUAAUCGGCUACAGUUGCUCGUUGAAAACCAAGGUCGUAUAAACUAUGGUAUCGCUAAUGAUUUUAAAGGAAUUUUAGGUGAUGUUACACUCGACGGGCAACAAGUAUUUAACUGGACAAUGACCAGUUUUCCGCUAGAUGAUUAUUUUUCUAUACAGAACUACAUUGAGCAAUAUUCUGCACAAAGUCUGACGACGAAUUCAACAACGGCUUCCACUGUUGUUUACCACGGAAAAUUUACAAUUGAUGCCGAUGAAAUACACGAUACAUAUGUAAACCCGACAGGAUGGGGGAAGGGCAUAAUAUUCAUUAAUGGGUUCCAUCUGGGAAGAUACUGGCCACUGGUAGGACCUCAGAUAACGUUGUACGUUCCACGUCAUAUUCUUUCUCAAGGGGAGAACACAAUUGUUAUUGUGGAAUAUCAGAAAAUAAUGCAAGGAGAUAUUACCAUCACAUUUACUGAUGAACCCAUAUUAGACGGCCCAUAACUUGUUUAGGCUUUCGGUUGUAAAGAAUUAAAUAAAAAAGACGGGUGGGUAAUGUCGGUGACAUAACCGGAGUGACGUAGGACUAUACAAAGGGGACAGCUUUUACUAAAUAUAUAUUUUAAAUAUA